AUGACCAGUUCGCAGAGCUUCCUGCGUCAGCGCAAGCCACAAGCAAAUGAUGAAACGGAAAGCGAACUACACAAUACGCCAGAACCUACCAAACAGGAUGUUGUAUGGGGCAAAACACCGGGCGGCGAAGUUUUUCGAGUACCAACGACACAUGAUGUGAUCACGACCCUUUUCAACCCCCGUUACAAGAAAAGUCACCUUGACCUCCUCAACCUUACUUUGCUCGGAUUCCAACUCGUUCUAUUCUUCAUCUUGCCACGAAGGGCUAGCCAGAUUUUUUUCCUCUUCUACUUUGCGUUCUGGCGCGGUGCGUAUGAUGCCGGUCUUGGCUGGGUCCUUACCAAGCAGAGCAAGAAAAAGUGGAUUGUUAGGGAGGUCCAGAGGCUUGGAUGGCUGGAUGAAAAGCGUCGCCCUGCCGUGAGGAACUGGAUACGGAAACAACUUGCCGACAAAAUGGGAAAGGACUAUUCCUUCGAUGAUCUCCCUUUGGAAUACAACACUUGGCUGCUGUUUCGUCAAGCUGUGGAUGUCAUUCUCGUCAAUGAUUUCUUAUCGUAUUGCAUGUUUGCGUUCUCCUGCUUCCGUGUGCCCGAGGGCCUCUCCGUCCUUGCACUUCUAAUUCUCCGUAGAUGGUUGGGUGGUUUCCUUCUUAUCGCAUUCAAUCUUUGGGUCAAGACGGAGGCGCACAACGUCGUAAAAGAUUACGGCUGGUAUUGGGGUGACGUAUUCUUCCAACGCGGCAAUUUGGUCUUUGAUGGUGUUUUUGAGCUUGCACCGCACCCCAUGUAUUCCGUCGGGUACGCUGGGUACUACGGCCUGUCGCUUAUUGCUGGGAGCUAUGCCGUCCUGUUUGUUAGCCUGGCGGCGCACGCUGCGCAGUUCGCAUUCCUCGUCUUCUUUGAAAAUCCACCUGUUGCAGCUUCUUACAAGAAAAUCUCCAGACAUGUAUCUCAACCAUCUAAUGCCAGCUCUAACGGCGACAUUGAAAUGGAUCCUAAUACAAGAAGCUUGAUUAGCUCUCCAAGGAAAUCCGCAACGUCGCAGCACGAUCUUUUGAACAAAUAUUUCCGACGGGAUGUUGUUGUUUUGCGUAACCUGGACCUGCUUCGAUCGACCGAUGCGAUGCUCGUUUUGAUAAUUGCCUACGCCUUGAUGAUCUCUUUCCUACCCACCCUUUCUGCCCGUACCAUGCUUGCACUUCACUUCUUGCAUGCGCUCGCAUGGUGCAUGAUCCACUACGUUGGUCUGGGGUUGAUACUUCAAGCCCAGAGUAAGACGAAAUUCUUGGUUCGGCAUUUCAUGAAGAACUAUCAUUACUCGCAAAAUGACGGUGGAGGCGGGGCAAUCGUUGAAGCGUUCACCAACUGGAAGGCAAUUUACAAUUUGAGCAUGUGCAUGACAUAUGUGUCCUGUGUAGGCGUUGUAUGGAAGUCAUACUCUUUGCCACAUGAUUGGACUGUCGGCAAUGAACUUCUCCGCCACACUUUGGGUGCUCUUCUCGUUGGCUUGCACGUCUGGGCUUCCAUGGAGUCGUUUGAGGUUCUUGGAGUAUUCGGAUGGUUCUUCGGCGAUUUCUUCAUGGAGGAGUUCCCCACGCAUCUAGAGUACACAGGAAUAUACCGAUAUUUGAACAACCCCGAGGCAAUGGGGGGUGCAGCAUGGUUUGGUUUGGCACUCAUCAGCGGGAGCAAAUUGGUUCUCUCCCUUGCGGUCAUUCGGCAUCUCGCCAACUGGUGGUUCUUGAGCAGUGUGGAAAACCCGCAUAUGCGGAAACUCUAUGGAGACUCCCUUCGUAAGGAUGCAGGAUUUGUCAAAGUCAUCAAAAACCACGCUCCCGAGCUCAAGCGGGUUGCGAGGGAAGUCAAAGGAACCUUUGACAAAGUAUUCGAGGAGACGGCUGAUGCUGUUGAAGACUUCCUCGCAAAGUGUGAGCGCAGCUCUGGCCCAAGAAUUUCAGAAGUUGUGCAGGAGACCAAGGUGCUGCUGCAGCAAUCUAGGGAGAGAUUGGUCAUCACGCGUGUGUCCAACGACAUAUCUGCUUAUGACUCAUCCAAGUACCAUGUAUCCAUCUCCCCAAGCUCUUUAACUGGCGAACGCACUUUCCAUCUUGGUGAACCCAUAACCAUCAAAUGGCAAGCUCCUCACAAGCACUCGCGCAAGGAUUGGAUUGGACUUUACAGGGUCGGGGCCAAUAAAUCGAACACUGUCACCAAAACAUCUUCAAUGGGGAUGUGGCUUCCUGUUCAUGGCGAGGAAUGGGAUGGCGAUGUGCCUUUGGGAUUGAAGAGGGUCCCGAGCAAGCACUUGGAGUCAGAAAAUGGUGUAGUUACCUUCAAAGGGAAUACACUACCUUGGUUGGUUGGGCAUUACGAGGUCCGUUAUCACCAUGAUGGGAAAUACAACGUCAUGAGUAUGGAUGGACCUUUGGAAAUCUUUGUUGACAAGCCUUCUGACAUGACCUUUUCCUCCGUCCGAAACUCUCUGAUGCGCAUCGUACCCCUUUGCUUGGAUUCUGACCCAUCUUUGAUCCCCUUCUCCUGUAAAGACCGUGACCCAGAUGACUUCAGUUUCUGGUCCGAACAUCAAGCGAAGAGGAUUUGUGCGGCCAUCAAACAAGUCUUCAAUGUUGAUUAUGCACCGGAAGUUGUUGUGGCAGAUGCAAAUUUGACAGCUCUGGCAAACCGGAUACUUAUCUCGAAGGAGAUAUUGUCUACACGUUCGGAUACUUGA